AUGACACGGCUGGCCUCGUUUCUGGGCCUGGUAUCAGUACUGCUAAUAUGGGUUUCAUACAAAGCUGCAUCGGAGACUGCGUCUGUUCUCUCUCCUCAGGGAUGCAGGAUGUCCUGGAUGUCACCGAGCUACGUCCUCCAGGAUGAGUUCGACAAACGUUGGACACGUCUGAGUAAGCGCUAUUCGCUGUGGCUCUAUCGUGAGGUUGGGUGGGACUCUCAUGAAUUGCAAGGCUCUCCCGUCCUAUUCAUCCCAGGCAACGCGGGAUCCUCACGCCAAGUGCGCUCCAUCGCAUCCUCUGCCACGCGCCAGUACUUUUCCUCGCCUUCAGUCCCCUCACCUGAGUUUGCGAAUACUAAUGUCAAACCUCUCGACUUCUUCGCGCUCGAGUUCAACGAAGACCUCUCCGCGUUCCAUGGGCCGACGCUUACCGCCCAGACCUCCUACGCCCGCGCGGCCAUCUCGUACAUCCUCUCCCUCUACCCUGAAAAUACCACGGUGACCGUACUAGGUCACUCUAUGGGCGGCAUCGUGUCUACCUCACUCCUCCCAGAUGCCCGCAUCUCGUCCGUCAUCACCAUGAGCACCCCGCACACCCUCCCUCCCGCCCGUUUCGACCGUCGCAUUGACGACAUAUACGAGAAAAUUUCUGUUGUGCUGGGUAAAGACUGGACGCCUAUACUGAGUCUGUGCGGAGGCGCCAUCGAUAUGCAGAUCCCCUCAGAAUCGUGCAUCCUCCCUAAGGCAGAGAGCGACGAGAUAUACCGGCGAACGGUUUUUACGACUGCCCUGGAGGGCGCGUGGACGGGGGUAGGCCAUUUGGCAAUGGUGUGGUGCCAUCAAGUCCGGUGGAGGGUCGCGCGUGCCGCUCUAGAGCUCGCGGCCCUCGCGUCUCCUUCACCCGGGGACAAGUCGCGAGUGCUAGACCAGUGGCUGCCUGGUGGUGAUGGCCGGACUCUCCUUCCUACUGAUGAGAAAGACAUGCUUGUACUGGGCGAACGACAAACGUAUGAAGCACUCCCAGAAAAUAUGAAGCUUGUACUCAAGAAUCCGACUGGAUCGCAUAUGUACCUCCUGCCUGUCCCAUCGUCGCAGUCCGGGAACCCUACAACAUUUAUGCUCUACCUGUCCGGGGGCAACAUGCAUCCAUACGACAAACACGUACAACAUCUACAGUCCAGACUGAGAGUAUCUGUCCAUUUAUGCUCACCUUCUGCGGAUGUCAUCCCGGAACGGAGAUGUAAGCCCCUGCAGCCGGCCACUCUGAAACUAAUUCCCAAUCCCACCUUGACGCAACCAUUUCCUUCACCGGAUGAGGGAACCGACGAGAGCGAGGGUGUCGUGAUGUUCAGCGCGGACAUCCCUGAAACGCACGAGGGCCAAGUGGCAGUGAGACUUGAAGAAGCUGCGGGUACCGGCUGGAUCGUCGCUGCCAUAGAGGAAAGAAGUACAAUUGUGAACACAGCUGGCUGGAUUGUGUCUGUCACAAUUAGAAAUAAUCCGGCGCUUGCCCAAGAGAUAUCUUUUCCCAACUUCCUCUCGAAUGCGCUGGUGGUCUACCGAGUAAAUCACCACUUCGUCACGGACCAGUCGACCUGCUCGUCCGCUCUCCUUCCUCCGCUGUUAUUGCAUACCUCCUCAGCUGUUGAAGCCUCCUACCACCCUCUCAGCCUCCCUCCUUCUUCUCACCAGACCCUCCUGCACACGCACGCCUCAGCGCCGUACAUCUCUACCUUUGUGCCUUCUUCCGACCUGGACUCGGAUGCUGCCACAAGCCACGGUCUCCAUUUAAAGCUCCUCACCAGCAAUGAGCAAAGUUCAUGCAAGGUUGAUGCCAUAGCGCUACGGGUCGACUGGUGGGCUACGCUUGGACGAUGGGCAGCUCGAUACUGGACCGCUUGCAUCAUCUGGAGCGUAGGAAUCGCGUCGAUUUUGCUGUUCGAAGCGAUCAAACAGGGGGAAGAGUGCGAAUCCGUGGCCACCCCCAUACUUAACCUACACGCCUGCAUCAAGGGCGUCUUGCCAAUUCUACUUCCCCUUCUCUUUUUGACAGCCCUUCUUCCGCACCCCACAGCGUGGUAUCUAGGUCUGGGCUGGCACGGCUUCGGACUUGGAUUGAUUGGAGGGUGCAUAGCAAGUAUUCUUGUGAUUACAUGCUCAGGGCUCGUAGCUGUGACAUGCUUCAUACUCUAUUGCAGCAUAGCUGCGAUGCGCAGGCUUACUAGAAUCUUUGGAAGACCAAGGGAAGACAUCAGCGUGCGCCGCAACACCGUCCUGUCUAUGGCCUUGAUAUGCGUCCUCGUAUUCUUCUUUGUGCCCUGGCAAGUAGCUUUCCUCGGGAAUUGGCUCAUCCUUCUUUGGACCUGCGCAAUGAAGUCCGCGACGGACAACAACCCCUCUUCUCCUCGAGUCGAAGCAGUCCCACUUAUGCGGAUGUCCGGAAACGCGGACAAUGAUAACAGCUCGCCUUCCCCAAUGAGACAAGAUACCAUUCCCCCUCGGUCGUCAUCCCACCAAGCACCGUCCAACCCAGCAUCAUCUCGCAACUUCUACCUACAUCUUCUCCUAAUGAAGACUCUUCUACUCCCCCUUGUGGCGCCUGUGCUAGCUGUCUGGGUGAGAACGCUAUACACGGCAGGACUUACGACGCCUUUCGACGGGGACCAUAAUUUCCUCUCCGUCCUUCCUUGGCUGAUACUCGUAGAUUACGCAAGCUGGACGAGAGGGGGAGAGCUGCUGGGAAGGGGGCCGUAUGAGGGCCUAUCGAUGCGGUGGCUAUUCUUGGUUCUAGCAUCGGCAGCGUUCCUGGUUGGACCUCGGGGAACUUACCGGGUCUUCGAAGUAGCCACCAUAAGCAUGACUUCGCUCGUCGGGUUCAGAAUAGGGCCUCGGUAUUGGGGCUCGGAAUUCGGCCACCUUAAUCCAAGAUUAUGAUGUACUUGCACGCAUGGUAGCCCCUAAAUAUUCUCGCC